CUGGCUGAACAGGUCACCCUGCACGAGUGGGACCUCUAUCGGCGCAUCAACUUUCUCGAGGUGGUUGGCGGCGAAGACACGCCGGACAAGGCACCCAACCUGCACGCCUGUAAGGACUUUUCCAAUAAGUUUCACAGAUGGCUAGUAUACUCCAUCUUAUCGGAACGGAACGCCGAAGACCGUACUCUGGCCAUUCAACGUGUCCUCGAUCUAAUGCUCAUUUUUGAGUAUUUUCAAAAUCAACAGGGUCUUCAGGAGGCUAAGGCCUCUCUCGUUAGUUCCGGGGUGUUCCGGUUAAAGAAGUCAUUCCAGCUCGUGACUUUCAUACUUAAUGAUAACAUCUGCUACUUCUUCGCCAUUCCUUUCUUACUAACCGACGAUAUACAUAAUCUUGACGGCUGGCACAUCUGA